AUGACAACGCAGUCGAGUGCGGAUCCGCAGUCUCAGCCGUCUCGCGACUUCUUUGCUUCUUCACCGUCGGCUACGUCAUCUUCGCCAAUCAAAGCAGGGUCACAGUUGAAGCGAGGUGAUGAUCAAGCAACCCCUCCCGAGACAAGACCACUGGACGGGAAACGAGAACCGGAGCAGGACGGCGAGCAAAAUGGGUCAGGCGUGAAUCAUGACGAAGGCAGCCCGGACGAUUUCACCAUUGUAGCGUCAACGAGCGCUGCCGCUGCUGCGGAAGAAUCACCCGUAAGAAGGCAACAGCCUCGGCGAGCAGCCGUAGAGAAAGCUAAGCCGCUCUUCCUGGCUGAUGAGGACGACGACGUUGCGGAAUGGGCCGGAGACGUUGACGAGGGAGACGACUUCUUCUCCACCCAAGCGCCCCAGGAGGUGAAGCCAGCAGCCCGCGCGAAGGUGGCAAGCGAGGACGAAGAGUUCUUGCCAAGCUCUCAAGCACCUGAUCGAUCUUCGUCUCCCGUACCGCCAGCGCGGAAGCGUUCACCGCAAUCCGACAGCACACAAGCCGUGAACGGGCACGCUAAGAAGCUCAAGCGAUCGUCUCCAUCUCCUGCCAUCAGCGUGCAGAGCAAGAGUCCGCCUCGUCGACGCUCUCCCACACCAGACCCGCGUCUCCGUCACGAUGCGUUCGACCGACGCUUCCUCGGCACAUUCGUCCUUUCCGCCUGGUCGUUGUCGAAGGGUUCGUCUUAUGUCAAGCCGGGCGAUGCAGUUCGAAUCUUCCGUCCCCGCAAGAAGCAGCCGGCUCCUGAAACCAGUAAACCAGCGUCCAAGCUGACAAAUGGCGGCAUCAAAAAGGGCAAGCAGUCGACGCUCAAUUUUGGCGGAUCUGCCUCUGCGGGAUCUGGCAGCUUCUUCGGCUCCAAGCAAAAGUCGAAGGAGAAGGAAGACUUCAUUGUGCGCUUCAGCAACAUGCGCGGAUUCGAAGUCGGUCGCCUGCCUCUCGAGGUAGCUACGUGGAUGUCUAAGCUUAUCGACACGGGUAUCGCUGACUUCGAGGGCGUGGUUGUCGACUGCCCAUCGUCGCUCACUGUUGGGUGCGAUAUCAUCCUGCAGGUAAAGGCGUACAUCAAAUUCGAUGCCUUCUUCCUGACUUUGCUUGGAAAUCGCGAGCUCGACGAACAGAACGACGGUCUGCGGCCCGAGACAGCCGAGUCGGACCUGGAAAAGACACUGCGGGAGCGAAAGAUCAGUCUGCUUCGCAUCUUUCGUGUCUGCGACCUCAAGCCGAGCCUCAGCAACUCGAUAUUAAAAUCGCACAAGGCGACGGACGACUUCUCGAGCGAGGCGAUGCUCGAUCAGUUUGGAGGAGAUAUCGAAGCGUCAAUCAAACAAGUUGGAGGUGAUGCCGCGAUGACAACGGGUUCAAAGACGGAGGCCCCGCCCGCAGCUGGUGGUGCCGCAUCGGCCGCCAUCGAUAUCGACGGUGAUACAAAUGGCGUGGAAGAAGACGGAAUCGCCGACCAGCUGCAAAAAGCACAGCAGCAGACGGAUGGAGAUGCCGAGACAGAAGAGAACGACGGCACGGAGCUCAACCUGAACCAGCUUGACGAGGUCUACCGCAAAGCUCAGGCCAACGAUGCUCACUUGCCAGAAGUCGAACCGCCCGAAUCGUUCCUCCUCACCUUGCGGCCGUACCAGAAGCAGGCGUUGGGCUGGAUGAAGAACAUGGAAAAAGCUCCAGGGCAAUCGCCGUCCAGCCAAGAGAACGGCUCGACGCAGCAGAACGGCAGCUCUGGCGAACGCAGCCUCUCGCUUCAUCCUCUGUGGGAAGAGUACGAGUUUCCGCUCGACUACGACAAUCCUGAAGCAAACGAGCGUUUGGUGCUCAGCGCGACGCGCAUGUUCUACUUCAACCCGUAUACGGGCGACCUCAGCCUUGACUUCCAGCGCGCGAGCAAAGGCUCGCGUGGCGGCAUCUUAGCCGACGAAAUGGGUCUGGGCAAGACGAUCAUGGUAGCUAGUCUGCUCCACGCUAACCGCACCUCAGAUCCGGGUGAGGAGAGUGAGGUCGACGACGAUGCCAUGGACCUGGGCGAGGACGGCACGAAACGGAAAGGCUCAGCGAAGCAGACAUCGCUCGCGUCCGCUUUUGCAGCCUCAACCUCCAGCGUCGACCAGCGCAAAGCCCUGCUCAAAGCUUCGGUCUCGAAAGGCAAAGCCUCUCUCGUUGUCGCGCCCAUGUCUCUGAUCGGUCAAUGGCGGGACGAGCUCAUCCGCGCGUCCGCGCCUGGCUCCAUCACGCCCGUUCUCUACUACGCCGACACGAAGGGCGAUCUGCUGGCUCAACUCGAAUCUGGCAAGGUUGACGUGGUUAUCACAUCGUACGGCACGCUGGUCACUGAGUACCGUCGUUUCCUCGACACAGGUGGCGCCUCUAACCGGCACCUCUCCACCACGGCCCCGCUCUACUGUAUCGACUGGCUACGCAUCAUCCUCGACGAGGCACACAACAUCAAGAACCGCUCCACCAUGAACGCUCGUGCGUGCUGCGACCUCGUCUCGCGACGUCGAUGGGCCUUGACGGGCACACCCAUCAUCAAUCGCCUCACGGACCUGUUCAGCCUGUUGAAGUUCCUGCGGGUGAAGCCGUGGGGCGACUUCAGCUUCUUCAACAGCUUCGUGUGCAAGCCGUUUCAAGCCCGAUCGACCAAAGCGCUCGACGUGGUGCAGGUCAUCCUCGAGUCCGUGCUCUUACGCAGGGAGAAGAGGAUGAAGGACAAGGAUGGCAAACCCAUCGUCCAGCUGCCCGCUAAGAAGAUCGAGGUGCGGGAACUCGAGUUCACAGAGCUGGAGAGAAAGAUCUACGACAACGUGUACAAGAGGGCGUACCUCCAGUUCGCGCACAUGAAGGCGAACGGGACGGUGACGAGGAACUUUUCGGUUAUCUUCAGUGUGCUGAUGCGACUCAGGCAGGCGGUGUGCCAUCCUGCGCUGGUGCUGAAGGCGAACAAGUCGAAGGGCAAGAAGGGCGAUGCUCCGAGUGCUGCCAGCAAAGGAGGUGACGCCGACGCUGCGCCUCAAGACGUGGACGAUCCUGACGCGGCCGAGUUUGCCAUCGACGACGAUGCUGCGGACGACAGCACGCCCGGCACCGAUGACCUGCGCGACCUCGUGGCGCAGUUCCAAUCGUCUACCAGCGGCGGCGAUGGCGAUGACUCGACCGCGAACUAUUCGAAGCAGACCGUCGACCGUCUAAUCCGCGAGAUGCACGGCUCGUCCCCCUCGACCUCGACGGAGACGGAGUGCCCGAUCUGCUUCGAAGACCCGCAAAUUUCGCCCUGCUAUCUUCCGCGGUGCAUGCACAGCGCAUGCAAGACGUGUCUGGUGGACUACCUGCGCCAGUGUAAGGAGCGGGGUGAGGAGGGUGCGUGUCCUACCUGCCGAGUGGGCCCUGUAGACGAGGGCGAUCUGAUCGAGGCCAUUCGCACGCGACCCGCCACUCCGCCGGGUACACCCACCUCCCCUGCCAUCAACGUGGGCGGUGGAGUCCCCUCAACCAUCUAUGUGCGGAACAACCUGCGCUCCUCGACCAAAGUCACUGCGCUUCUCAACCACCUCAACGCCAUCCGUGCUACAGAAGGUCCGUUCAAGGGGGUGAUAUUCUCGCAGUUCACCUCGUUCCUCGACCUUCUCGAGCCGGUUCUUUCACGAUACCGCUUCCGCUUUCUCCGACUCGACGGGUCGACACCCCAAAAGGUGCGCGAGAAGCUGCUGGUGGAAUUCCAAUCGUCGUCGACGCCGGCGGAUGAGACACUGCUGUUUUUGAUCUCGCUCAAAGCCGGUGGGGUAGGGCUCAACUUGACGGCAGCGAACAAGAUCUGGCUCCUCGACUUCUGGUGGAACUCGUCCAUCGAGAACCAAGCCAUUGAUCGAGUGCAUCGCUUGGGCCAGACGCGCGAGGUUAGCGUGUUCAGGUAUCUGGUGAAAGAUUCGAUCGAGAAUCGAAUUCUGUUGAUUCAGAAACGCAAGGAUAUGCUCAUCAAGCAUGCGCUCAAGCAGGGAAGGGACGAAGGGAAAGGGGAGAGCGAGACGAUGCAGAAUUUGGAGCUGCUUUUCGGAGAUUGA